GAAACGCUCAGGAGCUGAGAGGUAAGCGCUGCCGGUAGAUGCCGCCGUCGUAACCAGGCAGAUGCAAAAACGGGAAAACCUCACCCAAACGGACCUGACAGGGGCAGUAUUCAGCCUGAAGUAGUAUGGAUGCUGAUGACUGCAAUGGCCCAUCCUACGUAUCAGGUGGAGAUUCUUCAAUGGAAAGAGACUUUUCUGAGGUUCUCGGAGGUCCGACAGUGAGCACUCCCAACAGCAAGGACGCGUCCCCUUGUCGCUCACUCAGUGCCAACUCCAUCAAGGUGGAGUUGUACAGCGAUGAGGACCCGGGUCGGAGCACUGAGGAUGAACGAGUGGAGCGGGUUGAAGAUGGAGGUGCAGAUCAGGUAGCAGAGACUCUCGGAGGCUACAGGGAAAUGGGCAAUCCUGAGACCAUACCAUCUGGAGCGACCAGACUGCCCAACGGAAAGCUCAAGUGUGAUAUCUGUGGCAUGAUCUGCAUCGGACCAAAUGUUCUCAUGGUUCACAAACGCAGCCAUACAGGUGAGCGACCUUUCCAGUGUAAUCAGUGUGGUGCCUCCUUCACCCAAAAGGGUAAUUUGCUCCGUCACAUCAAGCUGCAUUCAGGAGAGAAGCCCUUUAAAUGCCCUUUUUGCAGCUAUGCCUGUCGAAGACGAGAUGCUCUCACCGGCCACCUUCGUACUCAUGCAGUGUCCUCUCCAACUGUGGGAAAGCCAUAUAAGUGCAGUUAUUGUGGUCGAAGUUACAAGCAGCAGUCCACUUUAGAAGAGCAUCGUGAGCGCUGCCACAGCUACUUGCAGAGUCUGGAGUCGAAACGCACAAACAGUGCUCCAAAUUCUGGAGAGGAGAUUAGAGAGCUUGAGCUGAUACCGGAUUCACUCCUGCAACCUUCAUCUGAAAAGAUGGCGUUUAUCGAUCGGCUCGCCAACAGCAUCACUAAACGGAAGAGAUCCACUCCUCAGAAAUUCAUAGGACAGAAGCACAUGCGUCUUAAUCUGGGAGAUGCACCUUAUGAGCUCGGCGCCGGCUUCCAUAAAGACGGAGAGGCACAUUCUGGGAACAUGGAAGUGCCACAUUUUCCCAGUCUGGCGGGAGAGUAUGCAGGUGUAGCAGGUACAGGAGGAGGACAGGUGUCAGACGCGGUGAGGCCGUUGCACAUUCCCACCACUCACCCCUCGUAUUUAACAGAACUCAGGCCGGGCCUUGGUGCUGCGCAUACGCCUGUGGCUCUCGGCCCUCGGCUGGACUGCACGGGGACCGGAGCUGCAGGUGUCGGCGGAAGAGAGGCGGCAGAAGGUCAUGAAGACUUGCCAGUGGGCCGCUGCCACGUCCCCUCGCCCAGUAAUGGGUGUCAGGAUUCCACAGACACCGAGAGCAUGCCGGACGAGCCGUGCAACAGCACCGCUCUGCCUUCUACCAUCCACAACAACAACAACAACAACGGUCACCACGUUCCUCACUCAAACAACCAUCAUCCAGCUCCAUCUUUGUCUGGGCAUCACAGGAGCCGAGACAGGCACAGCCCUGGACAUGCCAAAGAGAGGGAGGCCGAGAGGGAAGAUGGAGGUCACGCCCAGGCUCCCCAGCCUGCGUUUGCUUUAACGCCCACUUCUCCCUCUGCACCCUCCUCCACCUCCAGAGAGGCCCUGCGGGUGGUCGACGGAGAGGGACGAGUUGUCCGCAGCUUCCGAUGCGAUCACUGUCGGGUGCUUUUCCUGGAUCACGUCAUGUUCACCAUCCACAUGGGCUGCCACGGCUUUCGACAGCCGUUCGAGUGCAACAUCUGUGGCCACAGGAGCCAGGAUCGCUAUGAAUUUUCGUCCCACAUUGUUCGUGGAGAACACAUCUUUGACUGAGGACACGGGUGGUUUUACACUGACACUGGGUUUGGUCUGCACUGAGGCGAGCAAAAGCAGUGAGAACCGGGGAACGGGUAGUUGACAUGUUAUUGACAUGCAUAGCCCUGAUUAUUUUAAUGCACUUUAAAUAAAUCAAACUAUAUAUUUAAUAUGCUAAAUGCACUUUGACUUAAAUUGUAUACAAAUGUCAAUUCUACUCAUGGCGAGCCAAUGCACCUUUUCAUUCUCAGAUGUGCCUUGCUCCCAAAUUUCGGAGUCAACCAUCUCGCACAACAUGCUAGAUCCUUCACAUGUCAAAUGAAACUAAGGCCCACAAUCGGAUCAUCAAAGUGUUUUUUUUCCAAUCCCCUAGUUUCCAGUUUAUAUUACGAAAUGAAGUGCAGACCAAACUCAAUAUUUAAGUCCCGCAUCAAGAGAUGUGUGAUGUUUUCCUGUGAAUUACAAGUGUAUCUUGUGUUACAGAAAGGGUGAGACUCGCUAAGCUCUUGAAAGUAAUUUAAAUGAAAUGAAGGCCUUUAUGUGAGUGAAUGACUUGAAAGUAUGAUGUGGAUGUUUCUAUGCUUCUGUUGCACUGAUACCUGCCAGAGUAUUCCUAUUAUAUUAAACUAUUUUGUAGAAUACAUUGGCCUGCACAUUUCUCUCCGAUGGCGAGGAAGAAAGAAAAAGCACCACUGCCACUCACAAAUCUGCUCAUAUUUAUAGAUUGUGGUUUGGUUAUUUUUGUGCUGUGCCUUUCUUCACCCGAAAUCUAAACCUGGUUGACAAGAAAAUUCACACAAAUCUGUUCAUAAUUUAUUGUAACGUAUAGUUUAAUUGAAGAGUAUUUAUUGACUAAAGAGCAAAACUGACUCACUGCUGUAAUCUUUGUGGAGUUUAUGGUGGAAUUAACGUUUCCUGGAAAUUGUAAACGUGCUGUUGCUUUGAAAUGAUUUCAGCUCAUCUUCCUGUUACGACUUGAGAACAAUUGCAAAGUGAGUUAGUGGAAGUGUUACAAUAAAGACUUUACCUCUUCUUCUAAAAUUUCUCUACAAAUACUGUCAAAUACUAUAUUAAACAAAGCUUAUUUCAGACCUUAUGUGAAGCUAGUUAUUUAACAUGAAUUUCAUGGUUCAGCAGUCUUAUAAUGUUGAGCAUACUGUUCAUUUGUGGUUGAUUUCUACCAAAAAGUAAAAUCCAAAGAGACAGAGGGACCAGACGUUUGUCUGCUCAGUUUUAUUGAGAAUACGUGCAGCUGAUUUUAACCUGCUACGUCUAAACAUUUGUUAAAAAUACUGUUGCUUUGAGAAAUGAAUUAUAUUUACAAACCACGGGCUCCAUUUAAACUGUCGGAUGAUGUAAAUUGAUUCAUGGUGUAAAUUCAAGAUCCACAAAAGAUUUGGCAUGAUUGGCACAAGACCUGCUGCUUUCCCUUGGUCCAGUUUUAACACACAUUAAACUUUACAGAAAUGGCAUCUAAAACUGAACAUCUGUCAAAGGGACUGAGGGAAAGUGGAUCGCUUCUAGCCAAAGAUCUCAACGUGAAGUACUGCAAAACCAUCUUCAGUUCAGGCCUUCGCUGUUGAUCUGAGCACCAGUGUGAUGUAAUUUGUGUAGUGCUACACUGGGCUGAAAAGCUUCUGAACCCGAUGCAUGUGGUACAAGUUUUUGCUCUUCAAUCCGCAUACCUGAAAGCUUUCCAUCUACCAAACAAAUGUUUUUCGCAGCACUGUCGUGGGCCUGAGUCCUGUAGAUGGUCAUUUAAGUAGCUGCUAAGUCUUUUUCCAUGUGUUAAUGAUAUAUUUGCAUAUUUGAACAUGAAGCGGCUCAAGUUUUGUACUGCAAGAUGGUUUAUUCUAGGAAAAUUCCUAAUGUUUGUCAAUCUUUCCUGUGUAAGAGAUGGUUUUAUUAAAAACA